AUGAAUUUUGAUAACCUUCCGGAGGAUCUAGCAGGUGAAUUGGGGGACGCGAUAAGGAAAUCGUGGUCAGAAUCAAAAGAUUCCAGCGCUUAUACAGCAAACGUCUCAGGUUAUGAAGACUCCCCCAUUGGGACACCUUUGAAUGAACCUGUCGAAACAGAGGUGCAUGAAGUCCUGAAUACACAUCCUGAAGUAUUAAGAGAAUCAUCAGGAACCACCAGGGACGAUACUCCAAUCAUCAUUGAGGCAGCUAAACAGGCCCAAGAACCCGAUUAUCAGCUAUUCAAACACCAUUAUUCUAUUACCGAAAACCGGGAUUCGAUGGCUGAUAUUUUAAAUGACUUAGACUUGGGAGGUUCCCCAGAACCACCAAUUGUUAGCCCAGAAGUACCAUUAAAUUUUACCCAAGGUGAACUCCAGUCCAACCAACAAGCCAUACCAAUGGAACGAAGACAGUCAUUAAAUACAAGAAGAAGCUCUAUACAAGAUGUUCAAUGGAUUAGACAGUUAUUGAACCCUAGGAGUUCUUUUUCUGCGUCCUCAUCAAAUGAACCUACUGUAAUACCGAGCAGAUUGCCACCAGGACAUGAUGGUCGCACACCAUCGAAAUGUUGGGUUACUGUUUUAUCAGAAGACUCCAUAGAAGCAAUAAAAUCUAUAAUUGUGUUAAACCAAUCAUUAAAAUUAGUGGGCUCUAAAUAUUCAUUGUACAUUUUACACGAUUCAAGGAUCAAUUCUGCAAAAUUAUCCAAGUAUCACAUCAAUUUCAUAGGAAUUCCAAUAGAGAAUUUAAAUCUCAAUCCUAAAUUGGACAAAUAUUGGUAUAUUCUAUCAAUAUUCAUAAACUUAGUUAAUUUAUUUGACCUUGUUUGUUUUAUCGCCCCUACAUGCAUGGUAAUUGACAAUAUAGAUGAGUUACUGGAGUCAAGUGAGAUUUGUGAUGAAAUUGACAAUGAAACUUGUGUAUUACUAACGAAUAUUUCAAACGAUGUUGAGAAAGAAAGUAAUGAUGCACAAAUUAUAAUCGUUAAACCAAACAAUGAAGUUGCUAUGUGUAUUAAAGAAUAUUUUACCGUCUAUGACAACAAUCAAGAAAACAACGAUAAAUUGAAUAAAUUGAGUAAAAUGAAUGAUUUCGAUGUGCUAAGAGAAUUAUUCAACGAAACUUGGGGCCAUAUAUCAUCUGAUACCUAUGUUAAAUUACUAACUGAAAACGUAAGUGGAUCAACGUUAAACUUUAUAAAAAUAAUUGAUUUCAAGAAGUUAAAACCUUGGAAUUUGAAAAAUGUAAUUAACGAUAAUACUGUCUGCGGUAAAUGGUGUGAAAUUUGGCAGCAAUUUUGGAAAAAUACCUGA